GAGCCGACCUUCACGGCGCCCUCGCCGCAGCCAUGUCCGCGGCCGCCAUGGACGCAGUUUCCCGCCACGCGCUUCAUCAUGGACCCCCCUACCCCAAGCAGCUGCAGCAGCCUUUCUCCUACACGAUACGCAACCGCGGCUCCUCUGGCCCACAGCCGGGUGCACCCCAAGCCGACUGUCCAUCAUCCUCCGGUGAUCCCACCAUGUCUCCUGGGUCACCUUGGACCCCGGCGGCCGCAUCUUCGGGGCCCUUAGACCUGCUGCCGUUACUCCCCCUGCCCCUGCCACCGUCGCUGCAGCCGCCGGAGUGGGGCGACCCUGACGGCGGCAGCGACGGCGGCAGUACGGCAAUGCGCUUCGGAGCUGAGGGUGAUGUGAUGAAUGGCAUGGCAGCGGACUGCAACGGCAGCGUCGGUAGCUGCGGCGGCAGGGGAGCUGCGGCCGACGGCGACACCAACGAUGAAACCGAGGGUGAGGUCGCGGACGACGGCGCGAGCUGGUCGAGCAGGUACUGCUCAUCAAGGGAUCCCACGGUAGAUGGAAUAGCUGCUGGCGGCACUGACGCUGGCGGCACCGACGCUGGCGGCACCAACGCUGGCGGCACCGACGCUGGCGGCACUGACGCUGGCGGCACUGACGCUGGCGGCACUGACGCUGACGGCACCGACGCUGGCGGCACCGACGCUGGCGGCACCGACGCUGGCGGCACCGAUCCUGAGGGCAGCGGCAGCGGCCAGGUCGCUGGGGCCUCCAGCGUUGGGCUUAGGGACGGGGAGGACGUGUAUGGCGAUAGUACGGCCGUGGCGGCGGCGGUAGAUGCAGUCGUGGAUGCCGGCCAGGCCACACCAGCUGCAGCUGCAGCGGCUGCUGCUGACGGCAGCGUGGAUAGCAACACAGUUGCCGCCGCCGCCGCCGCUGCCGCCGCAGCAGCAGCGGCGGCUGAUAAUGCUGCGGUCGAGAUGGACCGUGCCGCGACAGGCGAUCCGUUCACACGGGGCCUUAUGAACGCCGAUAUUGCUGCGAAGUUAGCCUUGGCCGUUAGUAAUCAUGACGACGCGGUGAUCAUCGACGCAGCCGCCAGCGCCCCGCCCGUCGGCGUCUUCCGCAGCUUCAGCGACGGCGUCACCGGCGUCGCCAUCCUGCCGUACUCCAGCUUACCAGGCGGCUUUGUUCCCCCUCGCGGUCCCAGUCCGGGCCCUGCUGCUGCUGAGCCCGGUGCAGCGAGGAUCACCCGGCCCAGCUGGGCGGGGAGCCAUGACAGCAGCCCCCCGAGCACUAGCGGCAGCAUGCACAGCGCUCCAGCUGCCACCAGCGUCGGACUCGUAGCCGGCUACCCCUCCGCCCGCGGCGGCGGCGUUGGCGGCGGUCGCCGUACGCUUGCGCCGCCAGCGGCGGCGGAGUGGUCGUCGCACGGCACGGUCAGCGUCAGCGGGGGGGUCGGGUCGUCGGGGUCGGGGCUCGAACUGGGGUUAGUGGGAUCAGGUGUGGUGGCGUCGGCGUCUGGCCAAGCGCCGCCGCUGGCAGUACAAAGCAGUACAUUUCCUAGCGCAGACCGAGCGAUGGCGGCUAAGAUUAACAUCGAAGUCAGCGCGGGUGCUGUUUGCAUGGACCUGAAUAUUCAGGGCCGGGGGCGUGCAAGUGGUGCGGCUAGCCCAGUGGCCGUACAGAAGCGCAGCCGCUCAACCGCCUCCGUCACCACUGCAGCUUCUGCCGCCGCCGGCGCCGCCGCCGGCGUUUCACCGUCGACUGGAAAAGUGAACAGCGGGCCGUCGUCAUCCGCGUCGCUGUCGUCGUUGGCAAAUGGCACGCCGGCGCGCACACAGCCACCGCCUCCGUCGACAUCGUCGGCAUUAUGGUCGUCCUCACGUCGGCUGCGCAUCAGCCUCCAUCGCAUGCAUCGUCAGUACCAGAAUUACCAUCAAGCCAUGCAAGGGCCUCCGCUAGACGCGGCGCCGCUGGCGGUGCUGCAGCAGCAACGGUCGUACGGCACCGGCGCCGGUGGCAGCGGAUCGUCACCGCGACUGAAGCCGGAGGUCUCUGUUGGAAGCAAUGCAGCGGUGGCGGCAGCGGCGGCGGCGGCGGCACCGGCGCGACGGCGGAUACCUAACCAAGGCUCCGAAGCGGCGGCAGCGGAUGGCACCGCCGCCGCCGCCGCCGCCGCCGUCGUCGGUGCCAGUGGCAACCACGGGACCCCGCGUGCGGCGAGCCGACCCGCGGGCUUGCGGUCACAGAGCGCUCCCAGCGCAAGGCCGUCGCCGCCGCCGCCGCCACGCGUUCCCGGACUACGGCAGAAGCUCGACGCUGAGUCAUCGUGGGGUACAGCACGCGCCGUACAUAGCACGGCGAGCUUGUCGGAGUUGGAUAAGCUUCUGGAGAGCCGUUGGCUGCAGCUUCUGCAGCCGACUGACGGCGGUAGCGGCGGCGGCAGCUCGGCGCGGUCACUGCUACGUCACGCUAGGUCACUGCCGGCGUCGCCGCGGGCGGCCAAGAGCCGCCCGCAUACCAAUACGAGGAGGGCCAGGAGCGCCGGCGGCGGCGCAGCAGCAGCAGCAGACGAACCGAAGAGCAGUAGCAGCAACCCGUCAGCGAUGGCAUCGCCGCGGGCUUCCAAGUCGACGCCGACGCUAUCUUCUCCACGGCUGGGGCGCCGUACAGCAGCGGUACAUCCGGUCCUCAUCGUGCCGUCGAUGGUCGCACCGACGGCCUCGGAGGAUCCGGACCUUGCAAAGGUGGUCGAGAAGGCGCGCAGGCGAGCAGCACUGGAGAAGGAGAAGAGGCGGGCGGCGAGGGAGGCGGCAGCGAAGGCGGUGGCCGGGGGGGCCGCCGUCACCGCCACCGUCAGUGACGGGGAGGACACCUCACGGCGGCGGGCCGGCGUGUCGGGGCCGCGGACAGCUGCUGAAAGGUCCAAGGCAACGGAGCUGUUGUUCCAACGCCAGGCCGAGGGGUGGGCCCGGACGCACCGACAAAUGCCGCCGCGGCGACGGUUGGCACCUAGCGUUACCAAGAUGGUUGAAAAGUGGUUUUCGCUCGCGGACGGCGACGGCAGCGGUUACCUUGAGACUAAAGAGCUGGCAGCGGCGCUGCAGGCAGCGGGCGUGGGAGUUAGUGAAGAUGACGUGCUGAACCUUGUGAGCGCCAUCGACGUCAACCGCGACGGCGCCGUCAGCCUUUCCGAGUUCCUCGCGUUCUUGCUAAAGGCGAGCAAGCCUAUGAUCGCUCGACUGAAGAGGCUCAAGAUUCUGGAUGACGUGAUGAAGGGCGGGAAGGCACGCAACCGUUACGUGGACAUGUUGUACAACAGGGGAACGUUGGCUGCUGAGAUCGGGUUAUCGGAACAGGCGGCUGCGGAGCUGAAUGCCAUUGCCAUGACGUUGGACCCCAAGCACCAAGGUGACCCUAACGAUCCGGCGGCGGGCGGCGCUGGCGGCACCGGCAGGCGCCCCGGCCGUGUACGACUCCAGCAGCUCUUUCAGCAGUACCGCGAGACGAUGCGGCGCGCGACGGAAGACGGCGAGGUGCUGACGGGACGGGAUCCGGCUGCGACGGCGGCGGCGGCGUCGGCGGCGGAUCCCAGAGCCAUGAGCUCCGUCGGCGGCGGCAGCGUCAGCGGCGGCGAAGGAGGAAGGGUAGGAGGAGGUGAUGACAGGCCCGGUCAGGCGCCGGACAGCGGCGCUUUUAAUGUCGGCGGAGACGUCGGUGGCGGCGAGGAUGAGCACGACGUUGACGUGGCGGCAGGUUUCGGCGAGAAGGUCAGCGGGGUGUCGUACUUUCCACGACACUCACCGGAGGUCGCGAUGCUGCAGGGCGCCUGCUGCAGCCACCGUGCCUCCGUCGGCGAUGCCGUUCUGCUGCCCCCUCCCCCUGGAGCGGACCCCUCCCUGGUGUUCAAACUUACUGAGCUCCCUGUGAUCUCCCCUCUGCCGCCCGUCAAGCGUCCCAACACGCGGGCCUUCCAGAGGGCGCUACUGGAUGUACGGCACAGCGCCCCCGAGUACUUGAUGCAGCGGAUGGGUCUUCCAGGCCCGAUGGAGGCGGCGGCAGCGGCGGCGGCGACUGCCGGACAGAUGUUCCCCCACAUGGAACGGAGCUCUAGCUCUCCCACGCGUGGCCACCGCCGUACCGGCGGCGAAGGCGGCGUGACCGCCUCCGCUGCAACCGCCUCCGCUGCCACUGGCCACGCUACGGAGUCCUUUCGACCCCCGGCGUCGACGGCCCCCGCCGGGCUGUCCGCCGUCGUCGCCGAACCAUCCGGGUCCUCGGCGCUGAUUUCGACGACGGCAUCUGAUCCUGUAACCGCCGCCGCCACCGCCGCCAACGCUGCCGCCGCCGCCAAGGCCGCCGCCGUCGCGGCGGGGUCAUACUACACCACGUAUGGCGCCGGGUUCACGCGGUACAAGCGCUGGAGCAUGUACGACAUCGAUCCGGCGGCGGAAAACCCGGACUAUUGGCAGGCUAAGGCGGCGGCGCUGCUGAUGCGCCGUACCAACCGCGCCGUCAAGGAUGUCCUGGGAGCCGGCGUCGCGGCGUUGUCCGCUGCCGCCGCAGCUGCGGCAGCAGCCAUCGCUGCCGCCGACGCGGCAAAGGACAUUGAACUGUGUUCUUCCGUCGCGCCCGCGGCCGCGGCUGCUACUGCUGCUGCCGAUAGCAAGGGCCAAUCCAAUGCUGCCAGUGGGAGACAGCUACUGCCGUCGCCACCAUCCCAACGACGGCUGCUACAGCCGUCACAGCCAUCCAAGAAGCAGCAGCAUUCUGAUGGACUCGCGGUCGGUUACCACCUGCCCUGCUUGCAGGCCGCUGGGACUAGCGGCGGCGGCGCUUCUGCUACUGCCGCUGCUGCAACCGAAACGGCAACGUCCCACGCUGGUGCUAUUGCUAAUGCUCCUGACGGCGCUCCCGCCGCCGUCGCUGCUUCCGCCGUACGCUCCCCCUUGAGGCUCCCCCGGCGACGGGUGGAAGAGCCGACGUCAUCUAGAAGUCCGACGCAAAAUAUGGGCCGCGGCGGCGGCGGUGCGCCCCACGGCCGCGGCGUGGGCGCAUGUGCAUUGGGGCGUGGCGGCGCUGCUGUCGUACUGCUGUCGCCGCAGAACGGUCCAAGUGCCAGCGGCACCGUCGGUUCCUCUGGCGGCAGUCCGGUACAGUACGUUAUACGACCGCAGCACGGCGCCAAUCCCCGGAUGGCGGCGGAGGCGCUGCGACGGCGGCAGCCCGUGCCGCCGCCGUUUCUGGAUGGAGAUCCUCUCUUGCAGCCGCCGUCGCCACCGUCGCCGCCGCCGCCGCACCACCAGCAGCAGCAGCAGUCCCAGCCCCAGUCGCAAAGGCAGCAGGCUAGUGGCGGCGGCGGGCGGCUGCUGCCGCAGCGGCGGCCUCACGCCGCCUCAACACUGCCGCCCGUCACACCUUCAGCCGCACAUCAGGCGCAUUGA